AGUCUCCAACAGGCCCCUCGGUCAGUCCCUUCUGGCGCUGGUCAACAGCCCAGUGGCAAUCGCACGGCAUAUUUCUGUCUGCCUGCCUACUCCAUCGCAUCGCAUCGCAUCGCAAACAUUGCAAGUGUUCGCUUCAAUCUGCUAGGCAGCCAUACGUAUCGCGGGGUAGGACGAUACAAGCAUAGUACAGUAACCCUCUCGGCCAAAUACCUACACACGACAAGCACGCUGCUAUCCGUCCUCGCGACCAACAGACGUUACCACUACCCACUCACAUUCCCAUUUAUAUUCACACACGCACACACGCACACGCAAACCAUGGCCUCCUUUUUCGAGCAGUUGUGGGAGUCCAUCUUCACGCCAGGGCCGACUCCCACGCUCCUUGUCGCAACAAACGCCUCCUUCGCCGCGCUCCAGCUUCUCCUCUUUGCCAUGCUCCUCGCGACCUACAGCAUACACUUUAUCAUCCUGUCUCUCCUCUGUGGAGGUCUCUGGUGGUCAAUCAACUGGUUCGCGGCAGAAAUCAGGGCUGCGCAGGAGAAAGAGGAGGAGGCGAAGCGGAUUCGUGAAGCUAGAAGAGGCGCAAAGGAGAAGGGAGACGAUGGUGACGGUGAAGCCAUGGACUCUGGAGACGACACCGAAGUUGAGACCGAGGUUGAGCAGAGACAGGUGCCGCAGCCCAAGGCCAAACAACCGCGUGCUGAGGCACAGAGCACCGUCCUGGUUGACAGGCCACAAGGCAGUGCUGUGAGCAGCCCGCCACCGCCUCCUGUGACGGCCGGUGCGAGCACUUCUACGGGCGCGACUACAGGCCUUGCAGUUCCAGCCAACGAGACGACCAAGAGAAGAAAGGGCAUGGCCGAGUCUACAGGCGAUUUGUCUACGGAUAGCGAGUGGGACAAGCUGUCGGAGGAUUCCGAGGAUAGAUGAAGACGUUUGUAUUUUGCCGGCCGCUGCUCGCCAUGGUUCUGUAUGCUUUUUUGGAUGCUAGACGCGAUUAGACUGUGCAUCUGUACCCCGAUGUCGCGACA